AUGUCCUCGACCACGCCCCCUUCUCGAAGAAGUGACGUUCAUCUCACGCACCUCUCGCACGCCCUCGACCUCGCGCGCAAAUCACCUCCCAAACCCACCAAUUUCCGGGUCGGCUGCGUCAUCGUGUCGUACCCGCCGCCGGCCGACACGACGACCACCGGCACGGUGCUCUCGACGGGCUACACGCUCGAACUCGACGGCAACACCCACGCGGAACAGUGCGCGCUUUCGAAGCUCGCGCACUCCCACGGCCUAGAAGACGAGUCCCGCCUGCACGAGCUGGGCGGUGAAGGGGGUCUCCUCGCCGGCGCCAACAACGUCACGCUCUACACGACCCUCGAACCCUGCGGGCUCAGACUGAGCGGGAACAAGCCGUGCGUGGAGCGGAUCAUCGAGACGAGAAAGAAAUCAGGAGGCGGAGGCGGAGGCGGAGGCGGGGGCAUUGCCAGAGUCAUAUUCGGCGCGAGAGAACCCGGCACGUUCGUCAGGGACAGCAAGAGUCUCCAGAGGCUAGAUGCCGAGGGCGUCCCGUGGGAAUACGUGCACGGUCUAGAGGACGAGAUUCUGAGCGUGGCCAUGGAAGGACACGACACCAACACCAAAACCGCAACCGACAACGCCGACGCCUCCCACACCGCACCAGAAGCCGGUUCCGCGACGACCGCGCGUGGCAUAGUUGACAUAUCGCCCGAGGAGAGAAGACGACAAGAAUCGUUACCGAGAAAUCCGAAGAAGAGGAUGAUGGAGACGGUGUGA